AUGUAUAGGUACCUAAAACUCAGAACAAUUUAUGCAGUUCGGAAUCCGCCUCCGAAUCCACACAGCAAACACAGUGCUGGCGUUGCAACACCUAAAUGCGAUGGAGAGCGUAGAAUUACUGGAGGUAAAAAUACAACCGUGCCUCAUACGUACAUGGUGUAUUUGCGGAGAGCAGAAAAAGAAGCCAAAAAUUACAGUGCCUGGCUAUGUGGUGGUGCACUUAUAGGUCCAAGAAUGAUUUUAACAUCCGCUGCUUGCGUUAAAGAUGUAAAUUAUAUCUACGUCAUAGCUGGUUACCAUAAAUAUACCUCCGAAAUCGUGGAAAAGGACGAAUGUCUUGCGCACACUAUCAGGAAAAUUAUCCACAUUUGUGUACCUAAAAGUUACGAUUUGAAGUAUAAAGAAUUCACAAAAUGGUCUGCUAUGGACAUAGCUGUAGUCAAAGCAAAUAAAAGAAUCGUUGGUGACCACAACUACGUUGAUUUUUGUGAUUAUGCACCUACAAUGAUUGAUAUUAAUUAUGAUCAAGAAGAACUACAAGCGACAGGGAAGGAUGUUUUAAUUUUGGGAUGGGGUCAUAAAGGAAUUUGGCGUCACGGUAAUGACACGAAUGAUUACAACCAGGAAAACUUAAACUAUGGUGCAACGAAAAUUUAUAAUAAAACAAAAUGCGCAGAGGAAUAUAAAAAAUUUGACAUGGAAGAACCCAUUAAGAGUUAUAUGAUUUGUACAUUAGGUGCAGCACCCUUUGAUGAUCAAGGUGAAAAAACUGGUAAAGGAAAUAAAAUAAGUAGUAUAUAUACACAAGACGAUGGUUGCAGUGACGAGGAGGAUAAGGUAAAGGUUGAAGAAAAAUCUCAGGAUAGAAGUCAAAAUAAGAAGACGAAAAAAAUCAAUCGUGUUGGAAUAUGUCAGAAUGACCACGGUGGACCGCUUGUUACUUGGCAACGAAAUAAACAAGUAAUUAUAGGUGUUUCCUCUCUCUUCAAAGUUAAGAAGGAGAAAUGCAUUGGGCCCUAUUUAUUUACCAGUACGUACUAUACCUCAGACUUUUUGAAAUGUGUUGUGGACGAAUUCUCAAAAUAUGGGAGAAGAUCUAUGCCAGAUUACUGUCGUUUGCCACCAGAAGAAAAAGGGUUUGAAAUUAUUGAACGAAAAAUAACAUGGAGGGUGGCUUCGGAUGAAUUAUCACAUGAGAAUAUGGAUUAUACAGAUCCUUUGAUAACAAAGGCACCUACGGAUAAUUUGGCAACAGAAAAAUGGACAGAGGAAAACAUAGAAUACACAAAUUUGAUGACACCGGAAGUACGUGCAUACCAGAAUGGUCCAAGUGAAGGGCCUAAAGAAAAUACAGAAAAUACGAAUAUGGUCACGCCGGAAGUACGUUUGUACCAGAAUGAGCCAAGUGAAGGUUUACCUGAAUAUGAGACGUUUCGUGUUCGCCCGCAGAAACCAUUGCGGGACGUUGGGUAUGAUUAA